AUGGCUUCGGUGGGGCCUCCCCGAAGCACCCCAGCCUCAGAGCGCUCUACUGGGGCGCGGACCACAGGCCAGGAACCCCCUGUCCACACACGGUGGGGGAGACCGAACGGCAAGCCAGUGGCUGAGAGCUCACCGUCACCGGAGCCCCGAGCAAGAGAGAGGAACUUCAGUCCCGAGGUGACAAGGCCCCCUGGGGCCCCGGGGUCCAGGAGCAGGGACAGGACAGUUCACAGAACCGCCCAGGAAAUCGAGGCCAAGGACAUCGCUGAAGCCAACAUUUGCUUUGAGUUUCUGCGGCCGCUGGCAACGAGCAGGACACUGAUGGCACCUGGCAGAGGCUGCUUGGUCCUGGCCAUUCUGCUGCCACUUGUGUGCAUCCAACUCGGUGGGUGCAUGCAAAUCGUCAGUUCCUUCUCCCAGAAAGGGAAGCAAUUACAGUUGAUCUGCACUUUGCAGCAUACGGAAGAGGCUGAGGGUGUGACAGUGUUUUUGUGCAAGAACAGGUCUUUGGACUGCUCCCCUGAGACCAGCCUGAUGCAACUGCGACUUCAGCGGGAUCCUGGGGGUGACGGUGUCCGCGAAAGACUGUCUCGGCUGGUGUUCACCGUAAACCUCACAACAUCGGACAGCGGGACCUAUCAGUGCUGUGCCGUAAGCCAGAAGCCAGAUAUCCGCCUUCAGGGCCACUUUUUCUCUGUUUUAGUCACAGAGACAGGGUACUACACAGUCAAAGGAUUGAAGCAAACCGAACACCCCAAGUUCAGUCACAGUCCACGCACUACCGGUUCAGGCUUCCUGCAAAAGAUCUGGCUGAUGCUGGUCACCAGCAUGCUGGUCCUUCAAGCUUUGUAAGCCUGUGCCAGAAACUUAAAAAAAAAGAAAAGUUACAGCAAGAUGAACCUGACACUCUGUAGCUUGCUGCCCUUCACGUUGCCACAUACAGAGAAGAAAACAGCAGAGGGAAAGAGAUGCUAACCAUGCCAAGAAUCCGGAGAACCGAAGGUGGGGCAAAUGAACGCAUUCCUUGACCUCCUCUUCUCACUGCCAGACCAAAUCUUUCUUCCCAGCCCUGUCGCCACUUAAAAGAACAGCUGUUACAAAAGUGGCUGGUGUACAGUUCUCACUCAAACAUCGGAAAAGUAUAUGUGGUUUUGUGCCCAAGAAAAACGUUUUCCUCCCCCUUCCUCCAACAUAGUAAACACACAAACCAAACAAAAUGAGAACACCAAUUUUUAUGGAAGAAAUGUUUAUUCAACACUGGAAAGAAGAGCGAAGAAACAGGCAAAGAUAGGUAGGAGAAGAAAGCCAGAGCUGGUGACAGACUCGGCACGAAACUGAAGAAAGAAAGAAACCUUGGCAUUGGGCAGCACCCCCACUGAGCAGCAGCCAGGAGAAGCAGCAGCUGUGUGCCAAGCCCACAGAGCACAACUGCCGGGCUUCCACCAAGUAUCUGUCCGUCUUUUUGGUCACAUCUCUUUUAAAUAAAUGCCCAAAGCAGCCUUGGCUUUUCUCAAGUCACAUGUCCUCUGGUCUUUCUCUUUGGGCAGAUGACCUCCUGUCCUAGCUAAGCAAGGAGUGGGGGAGGUGGCUGGGGGGACUGCAGGAUAUUCCUGACAGGAGGA